UUCGAACGAUUUCAAACCUAAGGAUGUCCAACGGGAUCAACAGUUACGGGACCAAUUCCCUUCUGGUCCUUGCACUGCUAAUGCAGUCUCAUUGCGCUAUUCCAAGUCACUUAACAACAGAAAGACUGACAAUAAAAAAAGCGAAAAUGCUUUCAUAACCACAGAAUUUAAUAAACCUUUUGAUUCUUGGCAAGUUAAUAAUUAUCAAAUUCAAAAUUUCACGGAAAGUCCUGUUGGUGACAAUGAUAUCAAUAUCUUCCCUAGGAUCGCUGCAUCUACCUUAUUUGCUAUACCAACAGAAACAGAAACCACAAAAACUACACCGACAGUUGCUUUAGAUUGUUGUGACACAGGUGGACCUGGUAUCAUAAAUAAAUUACCAGGUGCUUUUUAUAGUAUAAGUUAUGAUGCAGUAAGUUUAGAAGAUUGCUGCAGAAAAUGUUCUGCUGAUUCCGCUUGUAUUGGAUGGGGAUAUAACAUUAAAACUAAAACAUGCUUUGCCGAAUCAAUAAAUGAUCCAGACGCAGAGGAAUUUUGUAAAUAUUCUGCAGAUCACUAUGCAAAUUUUGUUGGGGGAAGACCUGGGUGUGGUGGUUGUAGAGCCAAGAUUUAA